CCGAUCCAUAAUAAUCAUCAAGAGCUGUAUGGGUAUACUUAAAUUCCGAACGCUCUCCAAAUUCGUUUUUUACUUUGCACAGGAUUACAUUCGUGGGCCAUCUGAGAAUUGAAGUUGGAACGAAGAGCUCAUACACCAGUUGAUGUGGAGCCGGCUUUUUCACAACUAGUGUAUAGCUUGAAUUAUUGUCCAACCGAGUUUGUGCUGAAUCAUCGUCUACAUAGAUUUCGAGCGUGAGGUUACUUCCUGAUGCAGCACAUGUCACGAGGGCAGUUUCGUUUUUAAAGUCUUCUAUUCUCGUGGCGUUUUCGUCAAUUGCCGGAGACCCUCCCACCACAAGUGUGACAGUGUGAUGAGCUGUCUUACCGUGUACAGAAGUGACCUCGCAUACGUACUCGCCUUUCGCCGCCGUGGGGUUAUCACCCGUGUAGUCAAGGUCACAGAAUUCUAUUUCGAGGGUCUUCAGCGCAGUCUCGGGGAACUGAACGACCAACUGCUCAUUCUUCGCCCUGACACUGCUGUACAUGCUAGGAGCAGGCGCUCGGCCAAAAGAGACGAUAUUGGUCAGCUGGUCAGUUCUUUUCACGCUUUUUGUGACAAUCUCCAGGGUGAGGCCUCUUCCCUCUCUGUGCCACCAACAUUCAGAAAAACAACGAAACCUCCUCUAAGUAUGGAGAAGACCGACCGAGACGAAAGACUGAUGCUUAAAGAAAUACCAGGCUGGUUCACAUCGAAUCUCCCAGUGCUUCCUUUGUCUGUGGAAACUAUAUUUAGGUCGGAUCGUGUUGUCAUUAUUUUCACUGUUAAACAUCAUGUUGACGCCUAUGUAAGCCCUUUCAUCGAAAAAUUUGACUUUGGGAAACUCAACCCUCAAUUCCUGAAACUCCGAAAAGGUGGCAAUGUCCCUAAGAUUUCGAAAGCGAGGUUUCGAAUCAAGACCAAAUGGUGUGGAGAAAUGCAAGAUUAUGAUACGCAGCACGUGGGUUUUGCGUUCAUGGAAGUGGGACAAAGUUUGCCCACUACAGUCCUUACUUCUGUUGAUGUCUGUGGGAAAAAUUUGAAAAACAAAACAAAUAUUCCCAUGACCUGGCAUGAGAACAUAAGAAUUCCACAAUUUUACUCAACUUUGGAAGGAUCAACUAUAGCAGGAGAAACAUCCUUUGAAGUAAAGAUUUUGAGUUCAGAGUCUAUACAAUUUUACAUCACUCUUCGGGCAUAUGACAGCGAAAUGAAAAACAUGUCAGUAUCGUACUGGCGUAUUUAUGGGUCUGGGGUUGGUGAAGGGGAAUACAGUAUGAGCAUACAUGAGCCGAAAAGUGGAAACCGUAGUAUGCUGACAGUCGAAGAAGUUCUCCUUGAUGAUCGCAUAAACGAUAUAGAAGACACUCUUUCUGCAGGGAACGAGACACAAGAGAGAGAGUUCAGAUUACGCCUUACUGUACACCCGACGUCCGAUUCCGAUAGCGGCGUAAUUUAUCUAGAGCGCAGCUACUACAACAAUUCUGGCGAUACGCUAUUGCGAUAUGUCAGCGCUCAAAUUCCCAUUUAUGUUAAUGGGGAAAAUCAAAGUUCGCUUUUUCCAGAUGGUACGUUCUCGUUCACCAGCCUGGAGAAGGUUGCAUGCAAUACAAAUCCCUACGCCAAACGUUGGUCUGUAGCUAAAUGUUCCAUACCAUGCAGUUUUCAGGGUGGUGACAUUCAAAGCAUAGCUAUUUAUGAUCGUGACUUAAAAAUGGCUAAAAGACCUGGAGAUUUCCGGUUCAGAUCGCAAAUAGAUCCUAACGGCUUUUGGGCAAUGGCGUAUCUAGAUUACAUCGGAGACGUCCCCACCUCCGCGGCUGGAGAGUACAUUUGCCAAGUCCGAUCUAUUCGUGGCGAAACGUCUGAGCGCAAUGUGACGCUUUUAGUAGGCGGUUAUCCUGCCAUCGACGAGAACACGACAAGUGUAAAAGUGAAAGAUCACGAUAACGAGACGGCACUUGUCACGUGUGCUGCAACAGGAAGUAACGUCACUAUAAUGAUCUAUGCAGACGAUAUACUUCCAGAAGCCCGGAUGGACAACAAUUCGAGCUAUGUACUGCGUGUGACGAGGCCAGCCUCAGAUCGAGCUGUAUAUGAGCUUGAUGUCCCCUCAACCGUUCUCAAAAACUCAGUUGACGUGGUUUAUUGUGAGGCGAUUAACGAGUUGGGCCAAAAUUCAGUGUUCAGGUACACCUAUUUAGCAUUUGAUGAUUAAUGUCCCCUUCUUGUGAAGUGCAGGCAAUAUGAUCGUUUAUUAAGAAUCGAUAAAAAUAGUUUCAAAGACACCUAACUCGAAGGAAAAACUGUGAAAAUCUUGCUCUUACUGGGGAAAAUAGAAGGCAAACGGGGCCGUGGAAGACCAGAGAAACUUACUUGAAAAAGCUAAACAUAUGGGUGACGGAAAAACACAUUAACAAUGGGUUUUGAGAGCAUCCGAGCGAAGAAAUGAACAGAGAAUAAUGAUCACCGAUGUCUGUUUCAGAUCUGGUCCUUGAUGA